AUGAAGAAAGUAGUAUUGAUAUGCUUAUUAUCCCUUUCGUUGUGUCUUGGCAAGCCUGCUGAUGAACAAGUUCCAGCAAAAUCUCAACAGCAAAAUGACACCGCUAUUGACCCAAAGAUAACAAUUUCAACAGAAACCUCUCAAGUUUCAUCAAUAGCUACCACAACCGAACAGAAAGCAGUACCCAAAACUAUCAGUAAUGAUACUCCCUCAACUGAGACUACCCCAAGCCCUAAUGAAACUAAAAUAAACGGAACACAACCUACAUCUGAUGAAAAUAAGACAAAGAAGGAUAUGGAACCACAAAAAAAAGAAGAAAAGAAAGUAGAGCCUCCAAAGGAAACAAACAGUACCACUGAAGUCAAACCCAUUACUGAUAACAAGGAAAUAAGUAACAAUACAUCUAAACCAGAAGAAACAACUAAACCAGAAAAAAAAGAGGAGAAAGGCAUUGUGAUCACAACUGAAAAGAGUGGCACAACUGUAAAACCUACUGAAUCUCCGAAAAAAGAAGAUGACAAGCCUGUUCUGCAAGCUAGAGGCUUUGAUGGACCCAGCUUCAUUGGCGGUAUAAUACUGACACUUGGCCUUCUCGCAAUUAGUUUUAUGGGUUUCAAAUAUUACAAAAAUCAAACUGAAAGGAACUACCAUACUCUC